GCUCGGGGCCACAGCCACCGCCCGGCCGUCCUCCCGCCGCCCGCACCGCCGCCGCCCGCACCGCCGCCACUCCCGCCAUGGGUCGACAGAAGGAGCUGGUGUCCCGCUGCGGGGAGAUGCUCCACAUCCGCUACCGGCUGCUUCGCCAGGCUCUGGCUGAGUGCCUGGGGACCCUCAUCCUCGUGAUGUUUGGCUGUGGCUCCGUGGCCCAGGUGGUGCUCAGCCGGGGCACCCACGGUGGUUUCCUCACCAUCAACCUAGCCUUUGGCUUCGCUGUCACCCUGGGCAUCCUUGUUGCUGGCCAGGUCUCUGGGGCCCACCUGAACCCUGCUGUGACCUUUGCCAUGUGUUUCUUGGCACGUGAGCCCUGGAUCAAGCUGCCCAUCUAUGCCUUGGCUCAGACACUGGGAGCCUUCUUGGGUGCUGGAAUUGUUUUUGGGCUGUAUUAUGAUGCAAUCUGGGACUUCGCCAAGAAUGAGCUUGUAGUCUCGGGCCCCAAUGGCACAGCUGGCAUCUUUGCUACCUACCCCUCUGGACACUUGGACAUGGUCAAUGGAUUCUUCGACCAGUUCAUUGGCACAGCAUCCCUCAUCGUGUGUGUGCUGGCCAUUGUUGACCCCUACAACAACCCUGUCCCCCGUGGCCUGGAGGCCUUCACCGUGGGCCUGGUGGUCCUCGUUAUCGGCACUUCCAUGGGUUUCAACUCUGGCUAUGCUGUCAAUCCCGCCCGGGACUUCGGCCCUCGCCUUUUCACCGCCAUUGCUGGCUGGGGCUCUGAAGUCUUCACGACUGGCCGACACUGGUGGUGGGUGCCCAUCGUCUCUCCUCUCCUGGGCUCCAUUGCGGGAGUCUUUGUGUAUCAGCUCAUGAUCGGCUGCCACCUGGAGCAGCCUGCACCCUCCACUGAGCAGGAGAAUGUGAAGCUGGCCCAUGUGAAGCACAAGGAGCAGAUCUGAGUGGCCAGGGGCCACCUCCCCACCCUCUCUUGAGCAGCCACAGACUGUGCAGGGGCUGCUCCCUGGAAGCCUUUGUGGUCCCCCUCCCGGACUAAGAAACUCCGUCUACUCCCCCCCGCAGUGGGACGGCCUUCUUCAGGAUUCCCCACUGGACCCUGCCCAAACAGGACCUUAGGACACUGUCUUUAAGCUGUUUUGGGACAGGGAGUAGGGCCAACAUAUCUCUUUGUCUCCCCAAAAGUGAGAAUAGGCAGCUGGUGUUUGAGUGUGUGUGUGUAUGUGUGUGUGUGUGUGUGUGUGUGUGUGUGUGUGUGUGGUUUCCUAGAUAUCAGGGCAAGGGACCAAGUGGAAAGGAUUCUAGCUGUGGGGGGAGCCUAGGGAAAGGUCCAUCUGUGGUAUGUCCCCUCUGUGAGUGAGGAAAGUGCCAGGGGUCUGCAUGUUUUGGGGGCUCCAUGUCGAGGAGGGUCCAGAUAUGUGUUUCUGAGUGUGUGUGUGUAUGUGUGUGUGUGUGUGUGUGCACGCGCGUGCACCCUUUUUCUAGCAGGGGGUUUCUACAGGCUUUGGGGGAGGUAGGGUGGGAAUAUGGAGGUAGGACCAGGAGGAGGAGACCCCAGCCCAGGUGUGGAGCUCUGGCUGUACAUAAGUAGGAGCAGAGAACGUAUUUCUGUCAUAAUGUAGGCAUGUGUGGUGGUGGGGUGAAGUCCAGGUAUAAGUUUCAUGUUUUUUGGUUUUUUAAAAAAUAUACAUAGUAGAUGUUACAGUUUUAAGGAUGGGGGUUGGGAGACUCUACUUAAAAUAGGGUCUUCACCCCUUUAAUUCUCCACUCAACACAUGUACUCUUUUGCCUUUUAUAUAUAUAUAUAUAUAUAUAAAAAACAAUAAAAUGUGUGCCUAAAACUGCCAA